AUGAUACACUUGGUGCAAAAUGGGACUGGAGGUAGUAUCCAUUGUCAUGGUACUGCUAAACUAAAUAAUUACCCAGGUUUGUGUCAACUUACUCAGACUGCCCUAAAAGGAUUCUUAGCUCAAAAAUUUAAAAAUGAAAAUGAUUGUUCUGACACAACUGAACUAGACCAGGAUAUUGAAGCUGAUCAGCAAGCAGCUGACACAGUAUGUCAAUAUGUUGAUUGGUUAUCAACUGUCAAUCCUAAUCUACCUGAUGAGGACAUGUGGAUAAGACCUGAGGUUCAUCCAUGUCAAAGAAGUCAUGACAUUCCCAAACAUGAAAAGCAAUCAGAUUAG